UUAACAUUUUGUGGACGUCUGUGUGGAGUAGAGGAAGACCAUUUCCGAAAAGAGAAUGACAAGGGUCUUCAAUCCGGGACCCCCCGCCUUCAUAUCUGUGACAUAGGCGGCAGUUUCAUCUCUCCAUUUUAUUUCUCUCUCUCUCUCUCUCUCUCUCUCUCUCUCUCCUUCUGGCACUCGGUGUUUAUUUAUAUCUCCUCUCCUCUCUGUCUCCUCUGUUCAAAUCUUUGGGUUUCUCCCUCAAGAAAAAAAAAGGGUAAUUUAUAUUAAUAAAACAAAGAUGGUGGCUUUGGCUUUGUAUUCUUGUGGCAGUGUGAUUUCCAUCAAGCGCAAAGCAAAAGUCUUCUCCUUCACACCUUUCAAUCUCAAAAGCAUGAAUUGAGAAUCUAGGGUUUGAAAGCAUCAACUCCAACAAGUUUUGGUAGAUAUGGAGGAAGUUGAAGAAGCUAACAAAGCAGCCGUUGAGAGCUGCCAUAGAGUUCUUAGCCUCUUGUCUCAGCCACAGGAUCAAGUUCAGUAUAGGAAUCUAACGGUGGAAACUGGAAAGGCAGUGUCUAGGUUUAAGAAAGUUAUUUCCAUUCUCAAUACUCGUUUAGGUCAUGCUAGAGUUAGAAAGCUCAAGAAGCUUCAAAUCCCUUUUCCUGAAAGAAUCCUUUUGGAUAAUCCUAACUCGAUUGGGGACCGUCCAUCCAAAACUCCCCACUUUCUUCAAUCUAGAUUUCCUGAAAACCCAACUCAAGAUUUGAGUUUAGAUGUUAAAAGUUCCUUGUGUUUGGGGAAUCCAUCGUUGGAAUUGAGUGCUAAUGGGAAAACCCCAAUUCAUCCUGCCCAACAAGUGCCGCCGGCGCAAUAUCACUUCUUUCAGCAACAACAGCAACAGCAACGUCAACAACAACAGCAACAGCAUCAGCAGCAGAGGAUGUUACUUCAGCAGCAGCAGAUGAAGCCCCAAACAGAAAUGAUGUAUCGUGGGAGCAAUAGCGGCAUAAAUCUGAAUUUUGAUAGCUCUAGCUACACACCUACAAUGUCAUCUACGAGAUCCUUCAUUUCUUCCUUGAGCAUAGAUGGAAGUGUGGCUAACUUCGAUGGUAAUUCCUUCCAUUUGAUCGGGGCUCCUAUCUCUUCAGAUCAGAAUUCACAUCACAAGAGGAAGUGUUCUGCUAGGGGAGACGAUGGGAGUGUUAAAUGCGUUGGUAGCAGUGGUAGAUGUCACUGCUCAAAGAAGAGGAAGCAUAGGGUGAAAAGGUCAAUUAAGGUGCCUGCUAUCAGUAACAAGCUUGCAGAUAUCCCUCCUGAUGAUUAUUCAUGGCGGAAAUAUGGCCAGAAGCCAAUCAAGGGCUCCCCUCACCCUAGGGGAUACUAUAAAUGCAGUAGCAUGAGAGGUUGUCCAGCAAGGAAGCAUGUCGAGAGGUGCUUGGAAGAACCCUCGAUGCUUAUUGUUACCUAUGAAGGUGAGCAUAACCACCCAAGGAUACCAUCGCAAUCCACAACAACGUGACAUUCGUGGAGAGCCUUGCCGAGCUCAAGCCCAACGGUCACUUUGUCAAACCCUUAUCUAUGUUCGGCUUGGGAUGCUCCUGUACAUAUAUUUGCAUGGUUCAAGCAUGACCUACAAAUUGGAGCAGCUAUUUCGGCUUUUGGAAGUUGACUCUUUCGAGCGUUUUUGCAUUUAGGCAUGCGGGCAUGAAUCCCCAGCGGGGGAGACUCAAACAAGUCUGUAAAAUUAGGUCAUCGUCCUAUAAGAACUGUUUUUUUAUUUAUUUAUUUUCUGUGUUCCUUUUAGCAAUCAGUGCUUCAAACCAUUUAGGGUUUUUGGAAUUAAUGAAAUGCCUUUGAUGUGGUA